UCCUGAUCCUUGUGAGUCAUGAGGAGGAAGAAGCAGCAGAGGAGUCGGAGCAAAGGGAAGAUGGAGGAGUUUUCCCGCUGUGUGACGGAGGCCGGCGGCUGGCUGAGGAGCUGCUGCUGCUGCCAGGAGGAGGAGGAGGAAGAUGGAGGACCGGAGGAGGAGGAGGACAGUCCCAGGAGCUGCAGGAACUGGACCUCCAUCCCGCCUUCUGUGGUGGAUCAUGAAGCUACCGACCCGUCUGGACCUCAGCCUUACUGGUUCCACACGCUGCAGGUCCGACGGCUCAGGAUUCCACGAGGACGAAGCAACAGUGACCCACUAAGAGCAGCGACUGCGCAGGAAGUCUUCACCUGGAAAGCGGGUCUGGAGUUCGGAGCGGCCCAGUCGUACCUGAGUCUGGAGAAGCUGGGAGAAGGAGCGUUCGCCUCCGUCUACAAGGGCAUAAGCAGGAUCAACGGCCAGCUGGUGGCUCUGAAGGUGAUCCGUAUGAAGACAGACGAGGGGAUCCCGUUCACCGCCAUCAGAGAAGCCUCUCUCUUAAAGCAUCUGAAACAUGCCAACGUUGUCCUUCUGCAUGACAUCAUCCACACCAGAGAGACGCUCACCUUCGUCUUUGAAUAUGUGUGUAGUAGCUGCUGUCUUCCUGCAGGGGGCAGUGCAGCCCACAGUGGUAGAUUGAAGCAUUCUGAUCCUUGUGUUGCUGCUGCAGCAGACAGAUCUGGCCCAGUACAUGACGCAGCACCCCGGAGGACUUCAUUCGCACAACGUGCGGAUCUUCAUGUUCCAGCUGCUGCGGGCCCUCAGCUACAUCCACAGUCGCAGGAUCCUGCACCGAGACCUGAAGCCCCACAACCUGCUCAUCAGCUACCUGGGAGAGCUCAAGCUGGCCGACUUCGAAAAAGCACAGGCCUCUGCUGUGCUUUUAACCCUGAGGGACUCCAUGGUGCAGGGCUGGCCCGGUCCAAGUCCAUUCCCGCCCAGAACUUCUCCUCAGAGGUGGUGACGCUGUGCUAUCGGCCCCCCGACGUUCUGAUGGGAUCCAUCCGCUAUUCUACGGCCCUGGACAUGUGGGGGGCGGGCUGCAUCUUCAUAGAGAUGCUGCAGGGAGCGCCAGCGUUCGCAGGAGGUUCUGAUGAGCUGGAGCAGCUGCAGAACAUCUGGACGGUUCUGGGUGUCCCGUCAGAGGACAGCUGGCCUGGGGUCAGUCUGCUGCCUAAUUACACACCAGAGCGCUUCAUUCACUGCAGGCCGAAGCUUUUUAGAGAUGUCUGGAAAAGGUUGGAGCAGCUGUCCUGUAAGACUGAUGACCUGGUCCAGAAGAUGCUCAGGCUGGUUCCGACAGAACGGAUUUCAGCUCAGGAGGCUUUGCAGCAUCCAUAUUUUAGCACGCUUCCUGCUCCCAUCAUGCACCUCAGAGACGCUGUGUCCAUCUUCAAAGUUCCUGGAGUUCGCCUGGAGACAGAGUUCAGAGACAUCUUGAACCCCGGACAGAAACUGAAGUCUGCCCGGCUUCCUGCUGCCGGCUGUUGGUGAUCAAACCGCAAAUCAGAUCAACUGGACCUGACGAGACAAGGAAAGGGGCAAACUAACCCUUUAGGUAGACGGAUUCAUAAACUAGGGAUGGAGUUCUGAUGCGCUGGUCCAGGGUGGCUGCGGCUACGAUGCAGUGGCUCUCCCCCAUCAGAGGCCACUGAUGGGGGAAGCUUUGGAGUCCUCUGGACUUGAUCAACACUCUGCAGAACAUUUUGCAGAGAACCCAAAUAAAACGUUGAGCGUCUCAGCGCGUGUGGUCCUUCCAGUUCUUUUCCUGAAUCGACAUGAAGCCGAUCCAGAGACUCUUUCUGCUCCUCCAGAAACAGGUUCUGGUCCACAGGGCGUAACCGGUUCUGUUUUGCUUCAGGUUGCAACACGUCUCUGUCUGUCUGCUUCAGGCUCUCAGAGCGUUCCUGUGUCUCAGUCUGUCCUCGGGUCUCUGUGUGUCUUUCUGUCCUCUAGUGUCCAUCGGCUUCAGACAGGUUUCCACUGGAACUUUCAUUAGUUAUUUCGAUGCUUUUAUUGGCAUCAGUUGCCAUGGUGACUCUUCAUAAGGAAACAAGACUCUAUUUCCAUGAUUCCAUUCAGAAUAAGUUAGUUGGAAGGAAAACCACCAGUCGGGUUCUGGUAGAGGAGAGCAGCUGCUCUCUGAAGCUCACUUCUGCCUGACCAUUGAUGUUGUGACCAAGAGCCAGAAGCUGUUUGUACAUUUAUGUAUAUUUGUUUAAACAUUUGAUUUCCAGAGAAAUUUAAAAUAAAAACAUUCAGUGCUCUGGAAA